AUGAACAUUUCCGAUAACGACAGCGAUAGUUUUGUAGAUGCAGAGGAUACGUUCUAUGAUUUAAAUGGUCGCCCAUUAAAUCUCAGAUUUUCCGCUGUUCAACUAUCAUCCGCCGCUCGUAGCAAGCUGUUAGCGUCUCUACCUAAGGAGGACGAUAAAAAAUGCGUUAUUCCAGAGAUAUCAGUUACUGAUACAUCACUAGACGAUGGGGAACAAGAAUUGAAUGGAUUGUCUGAUGGCCCCGAUUACAGUCUGUCUGGAAGUGGAUCAUUGUCAGAAGACGACCAAACUGCAGAAGCCGAUGUAUCAUCUAGAAGAGAUAAGGAUAAUGCAUCAUUGACUUCAGCCAAUGACAAUUAUCCUUCUCAAACUUUUAUCGAAACCGAUAAUUGCGAAGAAGAUCCCGAUGUGACAGUGUAUGUUAAAGAUCUAGACACUGGGAAGCAAGUGUUAGCAACAGAUGUAGAGGCAGAACUAAAAAAAUCAAAUAAUGGGAAAAUCGAUCCGCUUUCGUUUCAUAUACUGAAACGAACAGGCUCUGAUACUGAUAUGGGUAGCCCUCGAGAUGAUGAGGCUAAACACGGAAGUGGCAAUUGGAACGGCUUAUCAAAAGGGAUAGAUGAUGAUAGUAAUGAGCAUGACAAAAGAGAUAGAGAGAAAAAUGGCAAACAUCAUCGCCCAAGGUCGUUCCUAAAUCGGCUAAAGAAACGGACUUCUAAUCACGAAAAAGGUAUAGAGGAUGCAGACGAUAAUUUUCUUACGGGAAACACUGCCCCUGUAUAUUCUGAUGUUCAAUCUUAUGAUGGUCAGGCUCAGCCACGAUACAUCAAGGUCAGAACACGUUUCAAAACCAAAAAGGACUUUAAUCGACUUUUCCUGUCUCAGGAACUCUUCAACCCCAACACACAAUCUUCCAAAUUCGGUCCAAAUAAAACGGGGGCAAUAUGGAUUAUGAAGUUUAGUAAAGAUGGCAAAUUUUUAGCGACUGGAGGUCAAGAUGCUGUUGUUCGUGUUUGGGCUGUAAUAUCUAGUGAUGAGGAAAGAGAACAUUUUGCUGAAGGGAGUGGAACAAGCAUAUACGAAGGAAAGAGCGGGGCCAAGCUUGGUGCUCCGGUAUUUAGAGACAAGCCUAUGUAUGAAUAUCAUGGACAUGCUGCUGACGUGUUAGAUCUGAGCUGGAGCAAGAACAAUUUUUUGCUAUCUUCGUCAAUGGACAAGACAGUGAG